UUGAUAUCGAAAUGAAUGCUGGGUCUUGUCGGCGGACGACAUUUCUUCAAACUUUGCAACAGUUUGGCAACGAAUCGGCAUCAGUUUCGAUCACUUCAUCAUCAAGUGAGCAACCAAAACACCAACAGAACAACAAUGGCAUCCAAAAUCGUUGUCGUCCUUUGCGCCUUCGUCGCUGCUGCCAACGCAGGAUACUUAGCUGCCCCAGUUGCUUCCUAUGGCGCCCCAGUUGCUUCCUAUGGCGCCCCAGUUGCUUCAUACGCCGCCCCAGCUGCCCUUCACUACGCUGCUGCCGCCCCCGUGGUUAAAUACUCACCUGCCACUGCCGUCAGCCACUCGUACAGCUCCAUUGCAGCCCCUGCUGCUUUGACCUAUGCCGCCCCAGUUGCCAAGGCCGUUUCAUACGCCCCUGCCGGAGUUGCUGUCAGCGCCCCUGCUAUUGGAUCUACCCAGCAGAAUGUCGUCCGUUCUUUCGGAGGUACUGUUUCGCAAUACUCCAAGGCCGUUGAUACCGCUUUCUCCAGCGUCCGCAAAUACGACACCCGUGUCAGCAACAAUGUCUACACCCCAGCCAUUGCCAAGACCUUGGCCUAUGCCGCUCCAGCUCCAGCAUAUGUUGCCCAUGCCGCUCCUGCCGUAGUCGCUCAUGCCGCUCCAGCUGUUGUAGCUCAUGCUGCCCCUGUUGCCGUAGCCCAUGCAGCUCCAGCUAUCCUUGCCGGUGCUCCAGCCACUGCCUAUGCUUCCAAGGCUGUAUCCUACUCACCUGCCGCCACCGUUGCUCACGUAGCCUUUGAUGGAUUGGGCGUCCACUACGGCUGGUAAAGGUUGUCUAGUCACACGGUUCAGAAGUUACUUGUUAUCUAGAUUUUUGUAUAAAUUGAAAUAAGAAAUAAAUUCAUUUCAAGACAAAA